AUGUCGACUCGACGGGAACGCGCGCCCCCGUUCAUUCGUAAACUGUACCACAUGAUCGAAGACGAGGUGCCGCCCUACGACAACGUCUCGUGGUCGGAGAGCGGACGGGAGUUCACGAUACACAACGUCGCCGCGUUCAGCAACACGCUGCUCCCGCGCUACUUCAAGCACGCGAACUUCUCGUCGUUCGUGCGGCAGCUCAACUCUUACUGUUUCCGCAAGUGCGAUAACGUGCGAUGGAGCUUCAGCAACCCCUACUUCGUCCGCGGCGGCGAAUCCGCGAUGGUGCGCAUUCGCAGAAGACUGCCGAAGCCGCGUAACGAAGAAGCCGCCUCCGCGGCGGCGGCGAGACGCGACGCCGCCAGCGCGUCGGCGCCGGCGCCGCCGCUCGAGCCCUCCAACGACGGCGCCGCGGCGGACGCCCGCAACGCGGCGUUGUCGUUGGCGUUGAAGUCGGCGAUGGACGCGCGCGCCGCCGCGGAGAUCAAAACCGCCGUGGAAGCGCAGGCGCGUUCUAUACACUGGUUCCCAUACGACCCCGUCCGCGUGGUGAACGCCGAUCCUUAA